CAUUGAGUGGAUGUGGGGAGGAUGUUUCCUAUCUAAUCCUUUCAACAGUUGGUAGGUUUCAGUGAGGUCCCCUCGCAUUCUUCUAAAUUACGGUUAGAAAUGGCAAAGGAUCUUUGCAUGGAAAUAUCAAAAGCAACAAUGCAUCAAUUCUGCAGUGUCUGUUAGUUCACAAGCACUCAAAUGCCACCGAUCCUUGAAUGUGCAGGAGAUGUUUGAAAAGAGAGCAUACCAGUCAUGGCAAAGAAAACUGAAACAAGUGGUCAGUAUAGGGGUGAGAUUUGGAUGAACCAUCUGGACAUAAACCUUGUAAAUUGUCUUCAAGUUACUGAAAGAGUGACUAGAUUGUUAUAUCAAAAUUACUGUUGCUGAUCCUUGGAGAUGAAGGUGUAUCUCAUUCCAGCUGGAAAAGUGCUUUGUGUCUGAAAUUAAAUUUUCUAUUGGAACUCAAUGAAAUCCACUGGAACUGGGAUGCUGUGUGCACACAGCAUUUGUGCACUGGAGAUCAGUUAUUCAACUGCAAUAGUUAUGCGAGGGAUUCAACACAUCUGCUACAUCUGACACCUGAUUUGAUGAAUUGCCUGAGAGUUGUUAGUAGUGAGACAUCGUUCUCCUUCUUGCAGUGUGGGAAGGGAUUCAUUCUCUCAGCCAACCCACAGACACACUAGUGAGUUCACACUGGGGAAAGGCUAUUCACUUGUUCUGUGUGUGGGAGGUGAUCUACUCAGUCAUCCAGCCUGAAGAUAAAUCAACAAGUUCACACCAUAGAGAUAUAGUUCAUUAUUCUGACUGUGGGAAGUGAUUCAUUCUGCAUUUUGAGCUAAAUAUAUAUUAGAAAAUUCACAACAGUGAGAGGCAAUUCACUUGCUCCAUCUAUGGGAAGAGUUUCACUCAGUCAUUUGAUCUGCAGACACGAGUCAAUUUGGGAGAGGCCAUUCACCUGCACAGAUUGUGGAAAGGGAUGCACCUAGUUAUUUGACCUGUUGGAACACUAGUCAAUUUACACUGGGGAGAUGCGGUUCAUCUGCUCAGAUUGUGGGAAGGGAUUCACUCAGUCAUCCCACCUACUGACGCACCAGCGAGUUCACACUGGGGAAAGGCCGUUCACCUGCUCAGAUUGUGGGAUGGGAUUUACUCAGUCUUUCCACUUGCUGAGACACAAGCAAAUUCAUACUGGGGAGAGACCAUUCAUCUGCUCAGACUGUGGGAAGGGAUUCAUUGGUUCAUCUGAUCUACUGAUACACCAGUCAGUUCACACUGGGGAGAGACCAUUCAUCUGCUCAGAUUGUCGGAAGGGAUUUAUUUGCUCAUCUGACCUGCAAACACAUCAGCGAGUUCACACUGGGGAGAGGCCAUUCACCUGCUCAGACUGUGGGAAGAGAUUCAUACGUUCAUCUGAUCUAUUGGUACACCAGUCAGUUCACACCGGGGAGAGACCAUUCACCUGCUCUGAAUGUGGGAAGAGAUUCACUCGGUCAUCUCAACUGAAUGAACAUCAGCGAGUUCACACUGGGGAGAGGCCAUUUGCCUGCUCAGACUGUGGGAAGAGAUUCACUCGGUCAUCUCAACUGAAGGAACAUCAGCGAGUUCACACUGGGGAGAGACCAUUCACCUGCUCAGACUGUGGGAAGGGAUUCACUCGGUCUUCUCAACUGAAGGUACAUCAGCGAGUUCACACUGGGGAGUGGCCAUUCAGCUGCUCUGAAUGUGAGAAGAGAUUCCUUUGUUUAACCAGUCUACAGAGACACCAGCAUGUUCACACUGGGGAGAGGCCAUUCAUCUGCUCAGACUGUGGGAAGGGAUUCAUACGUUCAUCUGAUCUACUGACACACCAAGCAACUCACACUGUGGAUAGGCCGUUCAUCUGCUCUGAAUGUGGGAAGGGAUUUCCUCUGUUAUCCCAUCUGCAGAGACAUCAGCGUGUUCACACUGGGAGAGAAAGGCCAUUCAUCUGCUCCGACUGUGGGAAAGGAUUCAUUCAGUCAUCUCACCUACUGGCACAUCAACGAGUUCAUACUGGGGAGAGACCAUUUGUCUGUUCAGCUUGUGGGAAGGGAUUCACUCGAUCAUCUCACCUACAGACACACCAGCGAGUUCACACGGGAGAAAGGCCAUUCAUCUGCUCAGACUGUGGGAAAGGAUUUCCUCGGUCAUCUCAACUGAAGGUGCAUCAACGAGUUCACACUGGGGAGAGACCAUUCAUCUGCUCUCAAUGUGGGAAGGGAUUCACUCAGUCAUCCCAUCUUGUGACGCACUACCGGGUUCAUACUGGGGAAAAAGUUUAAAUCAGCUGCAUGCUAAAUAAAAUAAUAAUAGGGGAGGUUAAGAGAGAUCAGAAGACAGUAACCAAAAACACAAACACAAAGGAAAACCACUUUUUAUAUAUUUUUUUUGUAGAUGGUUCUUCACCUGUACAGGAUGGUGAAAGUAGAGCGAACUGUGGGAUAUAUGUAAGGGUAAAAUAACAUAGUCGUAAAGAUGGAAGCUCACAUCAAGUAUCUCAUGGAGAAUAAUAGUUUUUAGGUCUAAUUACUUAGGUAAUGAUGGCCAUGGUAAUAUUGCAGUUGUGUGGGAUCACACUUGUGAAUAUUGAGUGGAAUAGUGAUUCACUCAAGGUAAAUCAAUUGAGGCGAUUACAGCCAAGUAUUUUCCAAUGGAUACUUUGAUAAUUAAUAACUGUGCACAAGAGAACAUUGUACAGGGGGAAGUAGAGUGAAAAGUUGCACAAUGUUGGCAAAUAUUGUGAGAAUAUCUGGAUAUCCUUGUUACCCACUAACACAUGCUAUUGUUAUGAAUGGUACCAGGAAAGACCACUGGUCUUGAAGAAAUAACAAAGCAGAAACUUAUAAACUGUGGUUUCAGUACUUAGAAACAUAGAAAACCUAGAAAGCCAAACAUGUUCUUAUUUUUAAAAAUUACAUAGGGUUACCCACAGCCCUCUAUUUUUGUAAGCUUCAUGUACCUAUCCAAGAGUCUAUUAAAAUACCCGUCAUAUCUGCCUCCACCACUACUUAUGAUCAUUCUUUGUUGUCUAUUUUGCCUGUGAAAAAUUAGUCUUUUUAACAAUAUGCGUUGGCAAGACAAACUUAUUAUAUAGUAAUAGCAGCCACGAGUUAUAUCGAGGGAUGGAAAUAACGUCCUGUGGAAAGUCACAAUACCACAAUUGGGAAUGUGACUUUUGACCUGGCCAUUGGAAGACAAGCUUUGGAUCAGCCAACAGAUGACGCACUAAUGAAGGAGAACCUCAAAAUCCAAUAAACUGAUAUCUGUGGGACAAUGUUGUUACUGAGUUGCCACCAAACUGUCACUUGACUACAAACUGAACACGUGUUGUUUAGGAGGAAGGAAGAUAAUUCAUCAAUGGACUAAACCCACUAAAGUAAUUGAAACAUAUGCUGGUAAGGCAAAUUGAUUGACUCUAGCUUUUGAAGUACCUUUUGGAAUUGGGGAACAAAUGAUGAAAUACAUCCAUGGGUGAAAAUAGUAUUUGCUGUAGUACAAAUUUAUGUACCCGAUAAUUGUAUUGCUUAAUGUAUUAUCAACAUAGAAGACAGAAGGUUGAAAUAAUGCAAAAAUUAGAGUAUGACACAUUUAUGAAACAGCAGAGAUGAUUGUCAGUAUAAAGUGUGUGAAUUUAGUAAGUAAACAUUAGCAUUAGUAUCAGAAUCAGGUUUAGUAUCACCAGCAUAUGUUGUUAAUUGUGUUAACUUUGCAACAGCAGUACAAUGUAAUAUGUAAUAAUAGAGAGAGAAAAACUGAAUUACAAGAAAUAGAUAUUGUUUAAAUUGAGUAAGUACUGCAAAAGCUAAAAAUAAAGAAGUACUGAGGUAG